CAGUCCCCGCGAAGAUGGCGAAGACGUACGACUAUCUCUUCAAGCUGCUGCUGAUCGGCGACUCGGGCGUGGGCAAGACCUGCCUGCUCUUCCGCUUCAGCGAGGACGCCUUCAACACCACCUUCAUCUCCACCAUCGGAAUUGAUUUCAAAAUCAGGACAAUAGAGCUAGAUGGGAAGAAAAUCAAGCUACAGAUCUGGGAUACUGCAGGUCAGGAAAGAUUUCGCACAAUCACAACUGCGUAUUACAGGGGAGCCAUGGGAAUAAUGCUGGUAUACGAUAUCACAAAUGAAAAAUCUUUCGACAACAUUAAAAACUGGAUAAGGAACAUAGAAGAGCACGCAUCCUCAGAUGUAGAGAGAAUGAUCCUGGGGAAUAAAUGUGAUAUGAAUGAGAAGAGGCAAGUUUCAAAAGAAAAGGGAGAGAAGCUAGCAAUUGAUUACGGCAUCAAAUUUCUGGAGACAAGUGCAAAAUCGAGCAUAAACGUGGAAGAGGCCUUCUUCACUCUUGCACGGGACAUAAUGACAAAGCUCAACAGAAAAAUGAAUGACAACAGUUCAACAGGAGCAGGUGGACCAGUGAAAAUCACAGAAAACAGAUCAAAGAAGAGCAGCUUUUUUCGAUGCGCAUUGCUUUGAUGAACUCCUAAUAAUAGACUGCAGCAUACCUAGAACAAACCCUUUUCCUGCUUUUCUGAAAGCAGAGGCUCACCCGGCCUCCGAGCUGUUACCACCAGGCUGCUGCUGAGAGCUCUGUUUGAACAUAGAGUGCGCUAAACCGAAAGAGAGCGGAUUUGGCGCACUCUGCUUCUCGACCUGUCGGGCUCCCUCCUCUCAAAAGGGAAGCCACGAAGUAGAGCGAGCGAGUGAGUGAGCGAGCGAGAGACACGUGCAGGAGCUCAAUCUUCUUUCUUCAUCACUUUGUUUCACUGCCUGCUUCUAAAGCUGCUACGUUUUUCUUUGCACAUCUGUACUAGCCUUUGGUUGCCUGUUAGAGCCGUCUUACACUUGUAUUUGCACAGCUUUUUUGGCCUGGUAAGCGUUCCUGAGCCAACUCUUGUGUUCUCCCACACCCUUGCACCUGCAAUGUUAAAGGAUUGGGCUGCAUGGCCCAGUCCUCUGUGGUGCGAAACCUGUGCUCAGAGGGUUUCCACGGGGUCAGUAAAACUCUGCCGACCGUUGCACAGCGCCAACUUAGCGGGGCUUUGGGCCGUGUGCUUCUCCCGUUUUCAAGGUCAGUUGCUUUUCCGCCCGGUUUUCUUCAGCACAAAGUAUUUUGUUUCAACGUACGAGGGAGAGCUAGGCAGAAUCCGAGGAUGCCUCCGUGACAGAGAAAAGGGGGCACUUGCUCAGAGUCCCGUGGGAAUCUGCUGUGCACAUACGUGGUACACACAAUAGCCCAGCAUACAUCCCUCGUUUUGUUUUGCUGGACACAGAAGUAGGUCUGUGAUACAAAUUCGGUUUUCAACACAGUGAUGGAAAGCUUCAUACCUCAGGCACUUAAAAUCUCUGUUUGGGUUAUUGUUAUCGAUUUGUUUAACCAAUACAACAAAUGUUUUUUUUUCUAUUAAAGUGACUUUUUCCUGAAUGUAGGACACUGCCUUUCUGUCUCUUAACGUGCAGGAAGUAUUGCCUAACUGCUUAUGAGAGCUUUUCUUUUGUUAAUUCCACUCACUCACGACUUUGCUUCUGUUUCUUCCGAUGGCCCAUGAUGAAAGAGCUUGGGCUCCCCAGUGUGAAGUGCAGCAGCUGUUUCUUGAGUCCCGAGCUAUAGGGCUGCUGUUGGAGCCUGCAGACUAUUGGAGGGGAAGCUGCGCGCCCCGCGUGCAGUGGGUCCCUGGAGCUUUCACGGAAGGUGUUUUACAAAAAGCAGCCCCUCUUUUGCUGACAGCAACCGUUUUUGAAUCUUGAGGCAACUGACGUUAGUUCAGAGCUUUAGAACGGAUUGAAAUUUAGCUGCCGUACUUUCUGUGCAUAGUCCAUUACACCACUAUUGAACUUUUUCAUAAAGUGUUGGGUGACUUCAAAAUCGGUGCUUUAGUUGUAUUGAUGUGCCAAACACGGACCUUUGCGAGGCCUAACUCUUGACUCUGCGCCACUUUAACCUUGAUGGCACCGUGGCUCCAUUAGCUGCCAUUUUGAAGCCGCCUCUGUAUGCUAGCCAGGCACGGUUUGAGUUCACUCGUGGAGUGUCAGGCCUUGGUGUUUAUGUAACUAGAGGUACCUUUUGCAUCUUCGGAGGCAAAUAGGUUGCCCUGUGGGCAUUUUAUUAGUCUGUGUCCUGAGCAGGGUAGAAAAAAUUAAUGCUGUGCAGUUGUGAAUUGAAUCACUGUCUUGCCCCUCUGUGGACUUAAGAAUAUUGCUCCGAUUACCUCUUGGAUUGGCCCCAUCUAGCGUGAUGGAAAGAAAGGGUGAUGCCUGGCAGUAAUGUUAACCGGCGAAACACAGGCCUGCUGGCCAGCUCUAAAUCCCCCUCAAACGGAAGCAGUCCUACUCUGUAACAGAAGUGCUUUUUUAGGGCUAGUGCGACCAUGCCGAUGAUGAAUGUCCAUGCUCGUACCGCCUCCAGCCUCUUUGUAUCGUAAUCUGUAUCUCAGGGGGUUGUCUGAAAGCCGAAACUGACCAAGCUCUGUGGCUCGCUUCUGCACAUUCUCCUUGCUUGUGUUUUCUCUUUGCCAGCAUCUUGGUUCUGCGUUUGAGCAUCUCGUCUCGAUGAACUUCCCUUUGAGAGAGCCUGUAACCAGUUGAAUUGCUAUAAAGUGCUUCUUGAAGCAGCAGCAAAUUGGGGUAUCUACUUUGUUUGUUUUAUUAAAAAAAACUUGCUAUUUUCUUACUUCUAUCUGUGCUAAAAUGUACAUAAUUUGAGUAAGACCAUAGGAAAUCCACUUUAUUGCUUGGUGUAAGGUUGCCACACACAGUUCGCUUUCUUUCAUGUUGCUGUUUAGCUUUUCCUCCCAAAGGAUCAGUGACAGAAUUGUCUGUUCCCCGCUGAAGUUUUCAAAAUUUUUGUUUCAUGCAGGGACAACUUUAGUCUUAAAGAAGAAGUGACAAGCCAUAUUAAGCGCUUGUGGCUGCACUGAAAACUUUUUCGUAAUCAUUUAUUUCAGACCAUUCUUCCUACAAACAGGACUCCUUGUCGAACAGGGAGAUGCUGUGUCCUUCUACAGAAAUGCUUCCCCAGAGUGCUGCGGGUGAGCAGCCAGGCAAAGAUGGCGUGGAACUGCUUCAUAACACACUUUCUUAUCCCACAGCAGGUAUUUUGUAGACGGACCGACCCCUUGUCCCAAGAUGCCGAUCUCAGACGCUUAGCCUUUAAAACACAGCAUUGCCGACUGACAGUUGAGCUUCCCUGAAUUCUUCCAUUUUGCAGAGCAAACGGCACAUUUGGCCUUGCUCCUCUUGAUCUCGUUCAUUGACUUGUAUUAUUACAGGGCAAUCCUUGGAAUCAGAGACCCGCUUCCUUCCCUUUCCUUCUCCUCCACUGGUUCUCUGCUGACUUUUCUAAAUGGAAAGAUGCAGCUUGAAAACGUGCAGACUGUGCUUAGCUAAACUUGGCAGUCCAUCAAAACAACAUUAAAGCGUUGUUUCCUUCGGUCGGUGUUUUUAUAUAGGUUACAGCUUAGAGCGUCAAGUUUUGUACCUCGGACUGCAGACUUGGACUCUUGUGCUGCAUACAAAAUAUCAAAAUUCUUCAUUUAACUUGGUAUUCUGUCUUAACGAGAGUUGUAAAAUACUUGCCAGUUUGGGGCAAGGGGCAAGUGUAAUUUUUUAGCGAUAUAUAUACUAUAUAUAUCUAUGGAGGAAUUCAUUUGCCCCAAGUAUUUGCCUCCCAUCUCACAUUCAGAUUCAAAACAGCACUUCUAUUGCUCUCCCUAGCCGAGACAGAUUUUGUGUUAGACCAGUUAUGUAAACAAUUUGGCGCUUAACAGAGUGACAGUAAAUACGUGCACAUGUUUUUGGCAACUGUGAAAAUGCCUGAUUAGAACAAGUGUUUUUUUUAAUAGAAAGGCUAAGGUAACUAAUAGUCUCUGUAUCUCCUAGUCUGUAUUUCCAGGGAUGUGCAGACACAAGACAUCUUAGGCCCGCUGCUUCCUGGAUUCUGGAGAAUUUGUAGUAUAUUCCUAUGGCCUUACAAAUAUAUAUAAAUAUAUAUUUUUUUCCUGUGCUAAUGACAUUUCCCCCUUGGGCUGAUUUUGCUGCAAUAUACUAAAUUCUGCGAAAUAAAGUAUGCUCAAACUAGCCUAAUUUCUUUACAUGCGGUCAUUGCACCAGGUGUGAAGCUCAGCACCAUCCUUCACUGCUCCAGGGCCACAGGUGGAAGGGGACUGCCCAGUGUGGACUCGUCAUGUGGUUAACUUGUAUGCCUGAUGAUUCAUUGUGUACUGAUACUCUGUAAAAAGACGAAAGGGGGAAAAGGGGCGUUAUUUCAAGUGAACUUUUAUAACUAUGUGCGUCUCAAAUAAAAUGACACAAGUCAGUGUUCA